UGUCAUUGAACAAAACCACGUUUCUCUUCUUCUACGCCAAUAAAUCAUUCCAACAUAAACCCUAAUCUCUCACUUCUCUCAUAGCGCAGCAGCAGACUCACAACCACUCCUCUUCCGCCUCCCCAACCAUGGCUGCCGCCGAUGCAACUCCCGCUCAGCCGCGCCUGCUGUCGCAGAAGGAGGCCGACAUCCAGAUGAUGCUCGCCGCCGAUGUUCACCUCGGCACCAAAAACUGCAACUUCCAGAUGGAGCGUUACGUCUUCAAGCGCCGCACUGAUGGUAUUUAUAUAAUUAACCUUGGGAAGACAUGGGAGAAGCUCCAACUUGCUGCUAGGAUUAUUGUUGCUAUUGAGAAUCCUCAGGAUAUCAUUGUUCAGUCAGCUAGGCCUUAUGGACAGAGAGCAGUGCUGAAGUUUGCUCAGUACACUGGGGCCAAUGCAAUUGCAGGGAGGCAUACUCCUGGAACAUUCACUAAUCAGAUGCAGACAUCCUUCAGCGAGCCUCGCCUUCUCAUUUUGACUGACCCAAGAACUGAUCAUCAGCCUAUUAAGGAAGGUGCUCUUGGAAAUAUUCCAACCAUUGCUUUUUGUGACACCGAUUCUCCAAUGCGGUAUGUUGAUGUUGGAAUUCCUGCCAACAAUAAGGGAAAGCACAGCAUUGGUUGUCUCUUUUGGCUAUUGUCAAGGAUGGUGCUGCAGAUGCGUAGUACUAUUCGUCCAGGGCAGAAGUGGGACGUAAUGGUUGAUUUAUUCUUCUAUAGAGACCCUGAGGAGACCAAGAAAGAAGAGGAAGAAGAAGCACCAGUGCAAGAUUUUGCCAUUUCAGGCUACAAUGCUGCUGGGAUGGACAGCUUCCCUACUGAUGGCCAGUGGCCUUCUGCACUUGAACAACCCUGGUCUGAAGAAGUUCCCCAGCCAAUCUCAGCUGUUCCUGGUAACUGGGCGGCACCAGAAGCUGCUGGAGGUUGGGGUGAGACUGUUCCAGCUCCACAAGUUGCUGUGCCUGCAACUGAAACCAUUCCUGCCGUUCCAUCUGAACCAGUUGUCGCCACUGGCUGGGAUUAGCUUUGAACAAGAGAUUUUGAUCAUGGGGUGUUAAUUUCAUUGUCACCCACGCCCCUUAUGUUGCUGGGGAAUGGCCCUUCUCAGAUUAGGAAUGGAACUUCAUUUACUUGUAUUUUGAGAUUUAAAUCCUGUCAAAUUUUGUUUUUUUGACAUAUUCAGGGAAACUUGAUCGUUUGGAUUCAGUAAAUUAAUUGUCUCAAACAGGUUUUUGAUUA